GUCGGGGGUCUCGAGCAAGAAGCAAGCGGCGGCUGCAUCUCCAUGAACGACCUUCAAGAACCGAAGCCGACCACGACAACGGGCAGAGGCCGCCCCCCGACCAGCCCGACACGAGAGUAGCUCCGGAUCAGCUCCCGAAACCCAAUUGGCCAACUUCCGAGGGGCCAAUGAGCCCUCGCGCAGACUUUGCAACAUGGUUAGCGUUGUGAAGCGCAUGCGUGCGCUCAAGAACAAGGUAUAGCUCCCCCGCAAGCUCUCCGCAGCCCGGCUGGCGACUAACCACGCCGCAAUCCCUCCCUCUCUCUCUCUUUCUCCCCGCAGCUAUAUGCGCUCAAGUUCGGCCCAGGAGGAGCGGUGCUGCCGGCCAACAUCACCAGGAUACACAUGGAGUUUGGCCUCAAAAACGGCAAGGGCCAUGUCGGACCAACGAAAUUCUGGCGUGACAACCUCCCGAGGUUAAAGUACUGGAACCCCUCGGUCCCGAUGCUGGUUAACCGGUCGCCCGACGACGACAAGCUCGCCACCAUGUCCAUCUACCUGCAACAGUCCGCCCCGGGCUCUGGCAAGAAGAAGGCCCCCACCAGCACCUCCACCACAACCCCGACGCCAACCCCCACAGAAACAGCAAUAGCACCAGCAGCACCAGCACCAGCAGCAGCGGCGGCGGCGGCAGCACCAGCAGCAGAGACCACCACAGACGCAGCAGCAGCCGCCGCCACCGAGGCCAAAGCGAAGCAGGCGGCCAGCCGCUCGGCCUGGGACGGCAGCGCGGCCGCACCGCCGCCCGUCGAGGGCGAGCGCGUCGUCACCAUCGACAUGACGCACAUGCGGUCCGAGGCCAUCCUGGCCGAGCUCGUCGCCAAGACGGGCGCCGUGCCCGCCAGGCCCGGGCCCGAGGACGACGAUGAAAUGGCCGAGCUGGCCGCCGUCAAGAGGCAGGGCGCCGCGGACCGCGAGCAGGUCGAGGCCUUCGUCCGCAAGCAGAAGCGCGAGAAGGCCCUGCUCGAGCGCGCCAGGAAGGAGGCCGACGCCAUCAAGGCCGCCAACGCCAUGUAGUGCGCGCUCCGCCGGCCGGACUGCUGUUUCGCCCUGGCGCCGGUGGGUUUGGGCGCGUGGCGGCGGCGAAGUCGGGUUGGCAACCGGCUGGGUUUGCGGCCGGCAUUCUGGGUGCAGGGCAGAGGGCUCGCUGAAGCCCCUUGUAUAUGUUUUGCAUCUACUAUUCAUUGUGCUGAGAGAACAUGUCGCCCAUGUGUCUCACAGAAACUAACCCCCUUCUGACUGUCCCGCCGGACCGUCAGCUGCAUGCCACUACUCUGCCAUGGAUCAAGGAACGAAAAGUGAUUUAUCUGUGGUGGUAUAUAGAUGAUGGUUUUGUAUGUAGGAAUGCUCAUUUUCUUCAUAACAAACUCCUGGGUCCAAUGAUGCUGCGCUCCGACGGGUACAGAAAAAUGGGUAAGCAAAGAAAGAAAAUCCAGGACCUGGCCGUCGACAGCAUGCCGGGCUGGAACUGGGCGCUGGAGAUCGCUAUUGGAAAGAAGCCACCAAUUAUGUAAUAGGAACAACAUGUCAACUCUGAAAGAAACCCCC